AUGUCUAAAGCAACGAGGUACUCAGGUGAUGAGAUAUGGAAGAAUAACGUAGAAAAGAUAAAUUCAGAGAUAUUCACGUUGACAUAUGGUUCGGUAGUAUCACAACUCUGCAGAGACUUCAAUAAUGACUACCAGGAAGUGAACAAGCACCUAGACCAGAUGGGAUAUAACAUAGGGAUGAGAUUGAUUGAGGAGUUUCUAGCAAAAACUGGAGCUCAGAGAUGCAAUGUAUUCAAGGAGACAGCUGAGGUUAUUUCUAAAGUUGGAUUCAAGAUAUUCUUGAAUAUUCAACCUAUAGUAGAUAACUGGAGUGCUGACGGGAAGUCAUUUUCAUUGAUAUUGGUAGAUAAUCCAUUAGCAGAGUUCGUGGAGUUGCCUUUAGCGAGUGAUCCUAAGAUAGGCAAAGAACUCUGGUACUCGCAAAUUCUUUGUGGAGUAUUACGAGGCGCGUUACAAAUGGUUCAGCUUGAUGUUGAUGUGAUGUUCUUGAAGGACGUUUUAAGAGGUGAUGAUAAAACAGAAAUUAGAUUGAAACUAAUCAAAGUGUUGAAAGAUGAAGUUCCUGCGGGUGAAGAUUAA